GCUAACGAUCUUCUCCUGGCUGGUAGAAAGUUGUCAGCUCGCGAGGCUCUCCAACGCGGUCUUGUUUCCGACAUCCUUUUCCCUAAGAGCUUUAAGCAGGAGCUGCUGCUCCGUUGUCAUCGACUAGCUAGCGCUAGCCCAAUGGUGAGAAGUGUCUGA